UUUCCCGUCGCCGGGUGACAAUUCGAGAAAUAGUGAAAAAAAGAACAGCUGUGAAGAGGAGAAAGGCGCGCAGGCGCUUCGUCAUGAGCCGGCUUUCGAUCUCUAGACUUCCUCUUCCUGUAGCUCGGCACAAUGGCGUCCGGAACCCUGUACACGUACCCAGAGAACUUCAGGGCCUACAAGGCGCUGAUCGCAGCCCAAUAUUCCGGUGCUAAGGUUAAAAUUGCCGAAGAUUUCAUUUUCGGCGAAACCAAUAAGAGCGAUGCCUUCCUGAAAAAAUUUCCUCUUGGAAAGGUUCCAGCUUUCGAGACUGCUGAUGGCAAAUAUAUCACCGAAAGCAAUGCAAUUGCUUACUAUGUUGCCAAUGAGCAGCUGAGAGGCAAAACUGACAUUGAGAGAGCAGAAAUUGUGCAAUGGUUUGGAUUUGCCGAUUCGGAGAUCCUUCCUGCCAGCUGUGCUUGGGUUUUCCCAUUAUUAGGCCUCAUGCAAUACAACAAACAGACUAUAGAACAUGCUAAGGACGAUGUUAAGAAAGCUUUGACAGCUUUGAAUUCACAUCUAUUAACAAGGACGUACUUGGUUGGGGAACGACUUACUUUGGCAGAUAUUAGUGUUGCUACAACUCUACUGCAUUUAUAUCAGUAUAUUUUGGAACCGAGUUUACGCAAGCCGUAUCAAAAUGUGAACAGAUGGUUCCAAACUGUUAUAUAUCAGCCAGAGUCCAUCAAUGUAAUCGGUGCUUUUAAACUGGCUGACAAAACUCUUGAAUAUGAUCCCAAGAAGUUUGCUGACGUUCAAGAAAAAUCAUCUGCAAAGAAAGAAAAGAAGGAAAAACGAAAGGAACAGAAAAAGGAACCUAAAGAACCUCGCGAGGCAGAUGUAGAUUUAGCUGAUGAAAUAGCAGCUGCUGAACCCAAAUCUAAGGAUCCAUUUGAUACAAUGCCUAAAGGUACUUUUGAUAUGGAUAGUUUCAAGCGUUGUUACUCCAAUGAAGAGGAGACUGUCUCCAUUCCUUUCUUCUGGAAAGAAUUUGAUCCUGAACAUUACAGCAUCUGGUUUGGAGAAUACAAAUACCCUGAAGAGUUGACAAAGGUGUUCAUGUCUUGCAAUCUCAUUGGUGGCAUGUAUCAACGACUUGACAAAAUGCGGAAAGCUGCUUUUGCCAGUGUUUGUCUUUUUGGAGAAGACAACAACAGCACAAUCAGUGGAAUUUGGGUAUGGCGUGGACAGGAUUUGGCAUUUACGCUAAGCCCAGAUUGGCAGAUAGAUUACGAAUCGUAUAAAUGGGAAAAACUGGACCCAAACAAGGAUGAAACUAAAGCGCUGGUGAAGCAGUACUUCAGUUGGACUGGUACUGACAAACAGGGGCGCAAGUUUAACCAGGGAAAAAUCUUCAAAUAAAGCUCCGAAAAAUACUACUUUACACGAAACAAAUAAUAAAGAAUGAAUAAAAAUAAA